UCAAUUUAUUCACAGACAUUCGUGUGUGCCCGAACUAUUUACAUACCGUUUUUUGUUAAAGCAACAUGUCGCUCACAUAACUGAAAAUAUUUAUUUUUGUAAUUCAUAUGCAGUACUGUAAUUAUUUAUUUUAGAACUAGUGUCACUUUAUAAAAUGGAUCGAAGAGCUAAACAAAGCAGUUGUUUUAAUGCAUUGCCGUUUAAAGUGCAAUAUUUGACACAUUUCAUUUCUAUCACCAUUUGGAUUCAUGCUGGAGCUGGGUAUGCCACAAUUAGAGAUAGUGGAUGGCUGGACCAUCAAACACGCAAGCUAGAUCACAUAGUGCAAUAUGAAACCAUCAUCCCUCAGUGGUUGACUCCUGCACGCAUAAGGAGAUCAGUCUUAACAAAUAAGUAUCCUUCAGCAGCAGAGAUCAAAGUAACUGCCCAAGGAAAAGAUCUGAUUUUACAGAUCGAAAGGAACGAGCAGCUUUUCGCACCUGAGUAUACAGAGACUCAAUAUAGUCCCAAUGGAAUACCACAAACAUCCUCCCCACAAAACUCUGAGCAUUGUUUUUACCAUGGCAGCGUGAGGGGAAUGGAGCACUCCAGCGUGGCAAUGAGCACCUGCAAAGGCUUACGGGGUCUGAUAGUUGUGAACAGCAGCCUGAGUUACUUGAUAGAGCCCCUGCAUGAGGGUGAGGAGCAGCACCUGAUCUACCGUACCGAGCACCUAAGCUUGAGAAGGGGGACCUGCGGACACAAGCUUGAGGGGCAGGAGGGAGAGCCAUCCUGGGAUAUCACUGGAUUCACACACAGGACCUCGCCUCACAGGGAAAAGAGAGAUGUUAUGAAGAACAUGAAAUAUGUUGAGCUAUUAGUGGUAGCGGACAAUGCUGAGUAUCAGAAGCUCAAUUCUGAUUAUGAGAAGACCAAGAUGAAGAUUCUGGAAGCUGCUAACUAUGUAGACAAGUUUUACAAAGCUCUCAAUAUCCGGAUAGCCCUGAUUGGCCUGGAGAUCUGGACAGACAGAGACCAGAUCAGCAUCUCUGAGAACCCCUACAGCACGCUGGGGUCCUUCCUGACAUGGAGAAGGAAGCAGCUCAUCCACAGGAAGAAUGACAAUGCGCAGCUCAUCACUGGGGUUGCUUUCCAGGGCACUACCAUUGGCCUGGCCCCUCUAAUGGCCAUGUGUUCAGAGUACCAGUCCGGAGGCAUCAACUCAGAUCACUCCGACAAUGCGAUUGGAGUGGCUGCCACCAUGGCCCACGAGAUGGGGCACAACUUUGGGAUGAACCAUGAUGCUUUUGGCUGCUGCUUAGCAAGCCCUGAGGAUGGGGGCUGUAUCAUGGCUGCAGCCACAGGCCAUCCAUUCCCAAAGGUUUUUAACAGGUGCAACGAGAAGGAGCUGCAGAAGUACCUGGGAACGGGAGGAGGGAAGUGCCUCUUCAACAUGCCCAACACGAAGGCUAUGUAUGGAGGGCAGCGGUGUGGGAAUGGAUACUUGGAGGAGGGCGAGGAGUGCGACUGUGGAGAAGUGAACGAGUGCUCCAGCCCCUGCUGCAAUGCCAAUAACUGUACGUUGAAGGUGGGAGCAGAGUGCGCUCAUGGAGUAUGCUGUGACAACUGCAAGCUGAAGAGCCCAGGAAACCUGUGCAGGAAGCCGUCCGGGUCAUGUGACCUCCCGGAGUACUGCAAUGGGAAGUCAGAAUCCUGUCCUGCCAAUUUCUAUCUGAUAGACGGCAAUCCCUGUCAGGGGGGCGGGGCUUACUGCUACAACGGCAUGUGUCUGACUUUGGAGCAGCAGUGCAUGUCGCUCUGGGGCCACGGAGCUAAGCCCGCCCCGGAUGCCUGCUUUCAGCUUGUUAAUGAGGCUGGCGAUACCUACGGGAAUUGUGGGAAAGACAUGCAUGGCAAAUAUAGGAAGUGCGAGACAAGGCAUGCAAAAUGUGGGAAGAUCCAGUGCCAGACCUCGGCUACUAAGCCAGUGGAAACCAAUGCCGUUUCCAUAGAUACCACGGUCACCCUCAAUGGACAGAGAAUCAAGUGCAAAGGGACCCACGUGUACCGAUCAGAACAGGACGGAGACACGCUGGACCCAGGGCUUGUCAUGACUGGAACAAAGUGUGGGGAAAACGAGAUAUGCUUCGAAGGGGAAUGCCGUAAUUCCUCCUUUCUCAAAGCUGGUGAAUGUGACAAGAAGUGCAGCGGACACGGGUUUUGCAACAACAAUCACAACUGUCACUGUGAGGCAGACUGGUCCCCUCCGUUCUGUGACAAACCAGGGCUGGGCGGCAGUGUGGACAGCGGCCCUGUGUCUUCACAAAGUGAUUGGCAGCUGCUCCUGUUGCUCAUAGCUCUGGUGCUGCUGUGCCUGUGGGUGCUGGGAAUCAGCCUGUACUGCUGCUACAAACACAGGGACAGCCUGCAGAAGAAACCUCCUACUCCCCUACCCAAACCAAAGGAAUUAAGCAAUGCUGUUGCCAGGCCUGAUCCACAAACUGCUGUCACUGGCCACGCUAACCCCACUUUCAAACUGAAAACACAAGACGACAGUGACAAGGGGACCGGCCCUCCCUACAGUCCUGCUUUCCUUCCAAAGGGGGGGUUACCCAUUUCGAGGCCAACCUGCAGUACCCCAGAAGUGCCUUCUUCGUUAGUUAAGCUGGCUCUGAAGAAGCUAGUGCCCCAGCACUUCCCAGUCAAAGCUCUCAUGCCUCCCAGAGCCCCACCCUCGACAGCCACAAGACAGAGACAGGCUCCGCCCAGCAGACCACCGCCUCCCUGUCCGGUGGUCAGACCUCCUUGGGAAUCCCAACAAUCAAAUGUACCUCCUGCAUUGACCAGUGAGACCAAGUUAAAUACUAAAAAAGCAUUGAUGCCACCUGCUGGUUAUAUCCAGAACAGCCGGUAAUCACAGGCGAAUACCAGUAACAUCCAAGCAGAAUGUGAAUAUCGACUCUAGUAAAAGUUAAUCUUAUAGUUUAGCAUAAUAAUAUGCACUAAAAUAACUUAAUUGUAUAUAUCAAGACAUUAGACUAAAUGACCCAUGCACAAAUUCCACGAUAAUUCCAGUUUUAAAAAGUGAAUUAAAUGCGUCUCUAUGAAAUUGACGCUGGUAUGUGUUAUCACUGUUAUCUUAUGUAUUCCUCAAUCCACUGGAGGCAGUGUUUCAGGGGAGGCUCGAUAAUAGUUACACUAUGAUGCACCGGCUGUUUUUGCAACAAAAAAAAAAAGUGAAAUGUACUCAUCAAU